UUCUGUGUCGGGCUGUGUGUUGUUGUGGUGUUGAGCCUGAGAGCGGAGGAAAAAGGGGUAAAAUGACAUUUACCCGGUUAUUAUCACGAGCUGUCCUUAACAGCAGAGUUGGAACGAGGACCAUGUUCACAAGUUCCAAGCCUGACUUGAAUAACCCAAACUGGAUCAGAGUGGGCCUUGCCUUAGGUUCAACAGUAUUUCUAUGGGGACUGCUUUUUAAGCAACACAGCACAGACGUACACGAGUACAAGGUCAGGAAUGGUCUGGAGUGAUGCAUCAGACCGACAUGAGAGCUCUAAUCCAGAUCAUUAUCAUAUGAUGGAGUUUUGAGAGGAUGCAAAGAAACAACUUUCAAAUAAUGUAAUUUUAGGAGAUCACAACACCGUUCCAAUGAGAAGAAUCUACUUCAGACAUUUGUUGUACAGUGUUUUCAUUUAUUACGAAUAAAUGUAUGUGU